UAUUGUAGGGAUAGUCUUACAAAUUGAUUUAUUGGAGUAGUAAUUUAAAGAAAGUUGUACAUAUUUACUCAAUAACUCCCACAAUGUUCAGCAAGGGUUCAUUAGGAUCUAGCAGAAUGCUUUGAAAUAUAGUCUUACCAUCUUUUUCCCCCAGUAAAAAUGUCAACAAUUACCGUAAUCUUUUUACAGUGCAUUGGUCAGACUGCAGCUUGGACUUGCCCAAAGCCAAGACCUCUAAAAGCUGCUUAAAAUAUUUUCUCUUACAAUUUCCAUGUCUUGUUCAUUGACACACAAACAUGUUUUACGCUGGCCUCGCUACAAAAGAAGAAAAAUAUAGGCAUAUGAAACAGGACAAAAAGACAAAUUGCCCUGGCAUGGAUUUUAUAAGAAGAAUGCUUCUGAACUGAGUUUCUAUAAUAUUCUGUAUGAGACAGAAGAGUAAAAGGGGUGAAGAAGAAAAAAAAGAGAGAGACUCAAACAUAGGAAGCCGCAAAGAGGAAAACAGUGAGUUUAGCUCUUGACGUUUCUUCCUAGUUUUCUUUGCUGUGCCACAUUUUGGAAUUACCCUAUUAUGACUGUGGAAAGUAGCAGUGAGCUUCCAUCAGCCUUUUCCCAGAAGGAACACAACAUUAUCGCAGCAUACUUGAUUGCAGCAGGAGUCAUAAGUCUUCUCAGUAAUAUUGUUGUUUUAAGCAUCUUCAUUAAAUUUAAGGAACUUCGAACACCAAGCAAUACUAUUAUUAUUCACCUGGCUUUUACGGAUAUUGGAGUGAGUAGUAUUGGCUAUCCCAUGUCUGCGGCUUCAGAUCUGCAUGGAAGCUGGAAAUUUGGCUACCUGGGUUGCCAGAUUUAUGCUGCCUUAAAUAUCUUCUUUGGAAUGGCAAGCAUUGGUUUGCUUACUGUUGUUGCCAUAGAUCGUUACUUGACCAUCUGCAAGCCUCAAAUAGGUAACAGAUUAACCACUCACAACUAUAUUGCCCUGAUUUUUGCUGCCUGGACCAAUGCAGUCUUUUGGGCCUCCAUGCCCGUGAUAGGAUGGGCAAGCUAUGCUCCAGAUCCAACUGGAGCUACCUGUACCAUAAACUGGAGAGAAAAUGACACAUCCUUUGUUUCUUACACUAUGUCAGUAAUUGCUGUUAAUUUUGUCGUCCCCUUAUCCAUCAUGUUUUACUGUUACUACAAUAUUUCUCAAACUUUAAAGCGAUAUGCCAGGAACACUUAUAUAGAAAGCAUCGAAGUAGAUUGGUCAGAUCAAGUUGAUGUUACAAAGAUGUCUGUUGUUAUGAUUUUGAUGUUUUUGUUGGCUUGGUCUCCAUAUUCUAUUGUGUGUUUAUGGUCUGCAUUUGGAAACCCAGAAAAAAUUCCCCCCACGAUGGCAAUCAUUGCCCCACUGUUUGCAAAGUCAUCUACCUUCUAUAAUCCCUGCAUUUAUGUGAUCGCAAACAAAAAGUUUCGAAGGGCCAUCCUUGCACUAAUCCAAUGUCAAGUACGACAGGAGGUAACAAUCAACAUCUUGCCAAUGCAUUUAUCUCAAAGUUCAAUUGCAUAAAGAUACAGCUUUAAAGCCUAUCCAACUCAUCAU